AUGAAAACCGUCCUAGUUUUCUCUCAAUCGCAUCUGGAUUUCCGGAUAAGUGAAUUGGCCUCAAUUUGUGAUGUUUUAUCAAUAAAUGUUGAUAUUUCAUCGAUAAAUGCGAAGGUUUGUGGGAUUAUUUGAUUUUUCAGUGAGUAUUUCUUUCAGAGUCAUGUAUUUUUGGUUGAUUUUGAAGCGGUGGAAGACGUGGAAAGGCUUCUUUCCCGUUCGAUGUUGGUAAAAUCGGCUUUUGAGCAGAUUUUCCACGCAAAUUCGUACGAAGAUCUUCAUAAUUUAGUUGAAAACGAAGGAAAAAGUGUUCUGGAGGUUCCAAAACAUAAAAUUUCCUUUAAAAAAUAUUUUUUCAAGAAAUAUGAUCAUCCGGAGCUGUCCUACUCCUUGAGGGUUUGCUCAAUAGGAAGAAAGAAGAAAUUGAGCCCCGAAAUUAGAAUAAAGGUCGAAAAUUUCUUCAAAAUAAAAUGAUAAAAAAAAGAAAUUCAGGAGUUCCUGGACCAUUUUACUCUGGAAAAAUCGCCAGUUGACUUGAAAUCCCCGAAAAAUGAGUUUUAUUUGGUGGAGGAGUACGAAAAUCCGACGGAUGAAGCCCCGAAAAAGAUUUAUUUCGGGAAAUUAGUGAGUUUCUUGGCUUGUUGGACGAUUUUUCGUGAAUUUUUAUAUUUGUGAGGGUAUAUGCUGCAUAAAAACAAUUUCAAAGUUAGGAUUUAAAAUUUUUCUUUAAUUUCUCGAUUAUUAUUUCAUUUUCAGGCUUUUAAAAGGGGUAAAACAUGGUUUUUCACAGUUUUAUGGCCGUAUUUUCAAAAGAAACUCGAAUUUAAGACCUUGUAUCAUUGUAAAUCUUCAAAACUCGAAUUUGAAGCGGGGAAAUUUAACAAAUCUUUGAAAGUAUGCAUUCAAUACUUUUCGAAAUGCCAAAAACUCGAUAAUUUUCUUGAUUUUUCGGAUCGGACAUGGACAAUAUUGCAUAACUCAUUGAAAAAUUUUUUUGUUUUUUUGGAAGAUUUUUUUGUAACUUUUCGAAUUUUUUUAGGUCAUGAAUUGGUACUAAAACUUCAAUUUAAAGCUGAAAAACUUCGAUAAAACUUUGAAAAAUAAGCUUGAAAGCUCUUCAAAAUGCCAAAAAAAUCGAUAAUUUCCUUGAUUUUUUUCGGAUCGGACACGAGCAAUAUCGCCUAAAAUCGCAUAAUUCAUCAAAAUUUUUGAUUUUUUGGAAGAUUUUAGUGACUUUUUGAGUUUCUAAGGUCAUAAAUUGGUACUAAAACUUCAAUUUAAAGCGGAAAACUCUAAAAAUAAGCUUCAAAGCUCUCCAAAAUGCCAAAAAUUGUAUGAUUUUCUCGAAUUUUCGGAUCGGACACGGACAAUAUCGCCUCAAAUCGCAGUAUAAUCUUCAAGAUCGGCGUUAUAUUGGAAAUACGACCAUGGAUCCAGAAUUAUCCUUCAUUCAGGUUCAUUUUUCGGCUUAUAAAGGCAAAAAUAUGAGUUUUAAACUCAAAAAAUCGAUAUUUUUAAGGCCAAUAUUGCCCAAGUGAUGCCUGGAGAGCUGGUCUUGGAUCCCUUUGUGGGAACUGGUGAUUUUAAGAAAAUAUGCCCAUUUUUUUGAAGGUCCAUAAGUUUUUAGGAGGCUUGAUACUGCCAGCCGCCCAUUUUGGGGCUUUUGUUCUUGGGACAGAAAUCAAUUAUCAAACCGCCAGGGCUUUGGGUUCGUUUUCGAUGCUUUAAAUUGAAUAUUUUUGAGUUUUUAGGCGGGGAAAUAACUUAAAAUUGAUCCUUUUUUGUUUUUUAAAAAAAUUGUCGAGGUUUUUUGAUAGGAAAAAUGAUAGGAAUAUCGGUGUUUUUAAUAUUUUUUUGGUCAUUUUAAAUAUCUUUUUUCCCAGGAAAUUCUCUUAAGGCUUUGGGUUGGUUUUGAUGAUUUUAAAGGAAAAUUUUUGAGUUUUUAGGUGAAGAAAAAGGCUUCAAUAUUGGUUUUUGGUUUUUAGACAAGAAAAUUACUGUUAUUUUAGUAUUUUUAUGCAUUUUUGGGUUACGAGUUGGUUUUUUGAGGACUUGUAUCAAAUUUAUUAAGUUUUUCAGGCAGUAAAAUUACUGUAAAGGCCAUUUUUUUAAAAAGUUUCGAUCAUUUUCAAGCUUUUUUUGGUUUUUCUUUGAUUUGAAAUGAAAUUUUCUGGAUUUUGUCCAGGAAAAUCACUUCAAUCUCGGUAUUUUUUCAGGUUUUUCGCUUACUUUUUAUGCAUUUUUGGGUUUUUUGUUGGUUUUUUGAAGGUCUUGUAUCAAAUUUUCUAGAUUUAGAGGCAGGAAAAUUAUUGUUAUUUCAGUUUUUUUUUAGAUUUCUGGUCUUUUAAAGCAUUUUUUAGUAUUUCUCGAUUUUUUGUUUGUUUUUUAAAUAUCUUGAAUCAUCUUUUCUUGGUUUUUUUGGACGGGAAAAAUUAUUGUAAAUUCUUCUUUUUGAAGAUUUUUUUCGGUCAAUUACAAGCUUUUUUUCAAAGGUUAAUUUUUUUAGGGAUUUUUAUUUCGUUUUUUUUCUUUCGUUUGGAAUGGAGUUUUCUAGGUUAUUAGAUGCAAAAAAAUACUGGAAUUUAUCUUUUUUUGAGAUUUUUUUGAUCAUUUCCAACCUUUUUUUACAGGAAAAACCUUCCCGACAAGGAGCUUUGACGAGGACAGAAGGCGAAAGUAUACGGGCCAAUUUUGUGCAGCAAAAAUAUUGAGGUUUUUCGAAAAAUUGUCGCUUAUUCGCCCUUGGAAAGUUUUCGGGUUUUUCGGUGAAAUUUUAAGGAAUAUUUUGAGCAAAAAAACAUUGAAGAUUUUUUUAGUUUUUUUCCGGAGGAAAUUUUAUAAAAAAAGUAAAAAUUUUGACAAGAAACUGAGUUUUUUUGAGGUCAUUUUCUAAAUUUUUCUUUUUAAAAAUGUCUCAAAAAUUUUAUUUUUUUGAAAAAUAGUUUUAGAUUUUUUUGACUAUUUUGAGAAGAAAAAAAUUGAGAAAAAAAGUUUAUUUUUUUACGAUUUUUUUCAAUUUUUUUAAAAUCUUGGUAUCAGAAAAAUCAUUCAAAUUUUGAUAAGAAACUGAGUUUUUUUGAGGUCAUUUUCAUUCAAAAUGCUUUGAAAAAGACGAUUUUUUUGAAAAACAGUUUGGGAGAUUUUUUUGAGGGUUUUGAGAAGAGAAAUUGAAAAAAAUAGUUCAUUUUCAACGAUUUUUUUCAACUUUUUUUUCCAAGUUUUGAUAUCAGAUAACUUCAAAUUUUGAUAAGAAACUGAGUUUUUGAGGUCAUUUUUUUGAUGGAAAUAGGCAUCAGAAAUAUUUUAUGACCAUUUCUUUUUUUCCUGAAAUAUGAUUUUUUUCCUUUGAAGGGCCAACUCCUCUCCGUGA